AUCAAUAAAAAUGGCAGCCCACUGUUCGGCAGGACUUGCUGCAAGAUCAGGACUGGCCGGUUUCUUACGGAGAGUCUGUGGUCUAAAAAGCUGCGGUCCCCCCACAGCCUUACUGUGUCAGCAACAUCGGUGCUUCUUCUGGAGGAAGUGGAAAAGUUCUCACAAUGUUGUUCGCCCAGCUACUGUUAGGCCUGCCUAUGCAGUACCCAAGCACAUUGUGCGGCCUGACUAUGUAGGCACUACAGUGGUCCCAGAAUGGCCAGACUACAUAGAGAUCAAAGGCCAGGAGCAGAUUGAAGGCCUUGCCAGGGCAUGUCAGCUAGCCAGACAUGUACUGCUACUAGCUGGCUGCAAUCUGAAGGUUGGCAUGACAACAGAUGAAAUAGACUUCAUCGUGCACCAGGAGACAAUCAAGCACAACGCGUACCCAUCUCCUCUCAGAUACGGGGGUUUCCCCAAGUCAGUCUGUACGUCUGUGAACAAUGUGGUCUGUCAUGGUAUACCUGACAGUCGGCAACUUCAAGAAGGAGAUAUAAUCAACAUUGAUGUCACUGUGUAUUUGGAUGGUUACCACGGUGAUACCUCAGAAACCUUCUUGAUUGGUGAGGUGGAUGAGGUUGGGCAGCGAUUAGUUGAAACUGCCAGGCGUUGCCGAGAUGAAGCCAUCGCUUCCUGCAUGCCGGGUGCACAGCUCUGUGUUAUAGGAAACACUAUUAGUGAAAUAGCCCAUGCUAGUGGCUUCCAAGUUUGUCCUUAUUUCAUUGGACAUGGAAUAGGCUCAUACUUUCAUGGCCAUCCUGAGAUCUGGCACCAUGCUAAUGACAAUGACAUGACCAUGGAUGAAGGCAUGGCUUUCACAAUAGAGCCCAUACUGAUGGAGGGGUCUGUAGAGUUUAAAAUCCUGAAGGACAAGUGGACAGCAGUGUCUGCAGAUGAUAAAAGGUCGGCUCAGUUUGAACACACGGUGGUCAUCACAUCUGACGGAGUGGAUAUUCUCACCAAACUGCCAGAAGAGAGCAAUCUGUGAUCUGACUCCUACAUCGGCUGCUAGAAAUCUCUUUAUGUCAAUCAGCACCUAAACUGCCUCUUGUGAUAAUAAAACACUGUUAAAAGAACUUGCAUGGUGAUUCACCAAGACUUAUCUUGAAAUAAUAAGAAAAGCGUGAUGUUUCUAACUUGUAUAAAUAAAUACAAUAAAUUUAAC